CUGUUUUACAUCUUUAAAUUUGCAUCAUGCUUUUAAGGAGUUAUGAUAUGCUCGAAGAUUUACAAUUUGAGCUGGGAUAAAAUUUAGCAAGGUAAAUCCAGCCGUGCGCCGCAGUUGGUGGCAGUACAGUAUUCGUUCAUGCAAGCUGCUGGAGCAGGUUGCCCAUGGCGACUCGCGCCACCACCCCCUCCUACCUCUACAACGUCCUCCUCCGCCGCGCCGCAGACCACCGCGGCCUCCUGCUGACCUUCCGGGAUAUGCUGCGCGCGGGUGUCGCGCCGGACCACUUCACCUUUCCCUUCGCCCUCAAGGCGCUCGCCCAGGAACGCGCCGCAGCGCCACCGCGCGCCGGCGGAGCCCUUCGGUGCCUCCACACGCAGCUUGCCAAGUCUGGUCACGGCGCCGACGUCGACGUUACUUCCUCCCUCGUCCACGCCUACGCGGCAGCCGCCGCCGACGCCGCCUCUGCACGGGCGGUGUUCGACGCCGCGCGCCAUCGCAACGUCGUCACCUGGACGGCGAUGAUCGCUGGGCACGCCGCGGCUGGGGAGGCGCGGGAUGCGGUCGCGCUAUUCAGGGAGGCUUUGGCGAGCGGGCAGGAGGUAAUUAAUAGUGUCACGGUCGCGCAGGUGAUGGCGGCGUGCGCGCAGUGCGGCGACAUGGAGAGCGGGAGGUGGGUGCACGACACGCUCCGGCGCUGGCGCGUCGAGCCCGUAUUGCUCGAUGUUGCUCUUGCCACGGCGGUACUCCAUAUGUAUGCCGCAUGUGGUGGUCUCAGUGUUGCAGUUCAAGUGUUCGAUGCAAUUCCUCAAAGAAACGAGGUGUCCUGGAAUGCAAUGGUUGAGGUUUGUAAUCGUCAUGGAAGGUCGGAUGAGGUUCUAGAAACUUUUGCUGCUAUGCAUUCUGCUGGGAUGAAGCCUGAUAAGGUGACAUGGCUGAGCAUAUUGCGUGCUUGUACAUCGAAGGGAGAUACGGGCUUAAGCCAAGGGGUUCACGCAUACAUGGAAAAGACUAAUUGUUGUCGACAUGUUGCAGUUUGCACAUCUCUAAUGGAUAUGUAUUCAAAAACAGGAAAUGCACAGAGCGCGCUCCAGAUAUUUCAUUGUCUCAAAGGAAAGGAUUUGAUGGCGUGGACAAGCAUGAUCAGCAGUUUGGCGAAGCAUGGCCAAGGCAGAGAUGCAGUGCAGCUCUUCAAGCAGAUGGAGUAUGGUGGCGUUGUUCCAGACCAUGUUGCAUUUGUAGGCGUGCUUAGUGCUUGCAGUCAUGCAGGGAUGGUGGAUGAAGGCAGGAAAUAUUCUGACUCCAUGCUGAAUCUUUACGGCAUCAGACCAACGGUAAAACAUUAUGGAUGUAUGAUUGAUCUCUUGAGCCGUGCAGGUCACUUAGGAGAGGUUGAGAGGAUGAUGCAACUGAUGCCUAUUCAGCACAGUGUUAGAAUGUGGGGAAGUAUGAUGAACGGUUGCAAGAUACAUGGUAGGGCCGAUGUAGCUGAGAGGAUAGGAAGGGGGUUUGCUGAACUUAACCCUCAGUUAAGUGCAACCUAUGUGGUCAUGUCCAACAUAUAUGCAGAGGUUGGUAGGUGGCAUGCGGUCGAGCAAACUAGGAGGUUGAUGUGGCAGAUGGGAUUGAAGAAAAAUAUAGGCUCAAGUGGCACUGAAGUGCGCAUGUUGUGCUCCUGAAUUGAAUCGAAGUGAGAGGGGAGAAUAUUGUGAAAGACUUGUUGUGGAAAUGUGACAUCAAAGCCAUGUACAUUCCUGUCUGGACCAUGUGUUUAAAUUGAAUUGCCAAUUUUAUGUGCGGACAUAGAGUUAAACGGGACAAUCUUUUCAAAGAGGGGCAUCUGAACAGAUAUACACUGAUCCUGCAAGGUGUGCAAAGUACUGGGCACUUUGGCAGUAAACGACAUGCAAGACAUAAGUAACUGAAACCCAACACUAGCAGAAAGUAUCAUAGCUUGGAGCCUUGGAAUAGCUCAAGCUAAGAUUGAUGUCAUACUAACACCUUUUGCUUACUUGAGCAAUUCAGGGUGUGAGCUGUGCUGGUACACUGAAGGUGGUAGCAUGGCCUUCAUAACCUCUUCAGUCAGCUGUGGUGGGUUAGCCAACCAAUAGCAACUGAGGACUUCUUCCAAUUAGAUCUUCAACAUCGGAAGGUUCAUUGCCCCCAAGAAUGCAGUCAAACACGUCAAAAGAAGCAACACUGCAACAAUCAGUUCUCUGGCAGGGUGUGGAUUUCUGUUGGUUUAUGAUGGGCUGAUCCCCCUGUAUAGGUAUACCUGUCUCGCCCAUUAUUGGCGGGUGCGCUAGCUUGAAAGAGAUACUGCAGUUUCAAUAGUUAAUGCUGUUCAUGCCACUGUAUGUAGUCGAUAAAUUGCUGAGUUUUUAUCAUUCCGUCAUAUGCUUGAGUUAUACUACCUCCACUCCAAAUAUAUUUGAAGUUCUCUGUUUGUCUUAAGUCAACUUCUUUUAGUUUGACCAUGUAUAUAGAAAAAUAUAUUAAUAUCUCCAUUCAAUUGGAUCACACGCUCCUCUGGACUGCGUGUUCAUGUUCCUGUA